AUGGCACGGCAAACAAGCAGACUGGAUGAGAAAAAAAUCUGCUGUUCGAUCUGUUUGGAUCUCCUGAAGGAUCCGGUCACUGUUCCCUGUGGACACAGCUACUGUAUGAAGUGUAUUAAAAGCUACUGGGAUGAAGAGGAUCAGAAGAACAUCCAGAGUUGCCCUCAGUGCAGACAGACCUUCAUACCGAGGCCUGCUUUGAAGAAAAACACUGUCUUGGCAGAGUUAGUGGAGGAGCUGCAGAAGACUGAACUCCAAGCUUCACCUGCCGAUCAUGGCUAUGCUGGACCUAAAGAUGUGGCCUGUGAUGUCUGCACUGGGAGGAAACUGAAAGCCAUCAAGUCCUGUCUGCAGUGUCUGGUCUCUUACUGUGAGCAGCACCUCCAGCCUCACUAUGAAUCUACUGCCUUUGAGAAACACAAGCUGGUGGACACAUCAAAGAGGCUUAAGAAAAUCAUCUGUUCUCAACACAGUGAGGUGAUGAAGAUAUUUUGCCGCACUGAUCAGCAGUGUAUCUGUUAUUUGUGCUCCAUGGAUGAACAUAAAGGCCACGACACAGUUUCAGCUACAGCAGAAAGGAAUAAAAAGCGGAGAGAACUUGGGGAGAGUCGAAAGAAAAUCCAAGAGAGAAUCCAGGACAAAGAAAAAGACAUAAAGGUGCUUCAGGAGGAGGUGGAAGCCAUCACUCAGUCUGCUGAUAAAGCAGUGAGGGACAGUGAGAAGAUCUUUAAUGAUGUAAAACAGCAGAUCAGAUCUCGUCAGAAAGCUGAAGUGUGUCGUGCAAGAGAGCUUCAGGACAGAAUAGAGAAUGAGAUCACUGUGCUGAAGAGGAAAGAUGCUGAGCUGGGGCAGCUCUUUCAUACACAGGAUCACACCCACUUUCUCCAGACGUACACCUCACUGUCACAUGUGCAUGAAUCUGUUGGAUCACUCGACAUUAAAACAUGUACUUUGCAGUACUUUGAGGAUGUGAUGACAGCUGUGUCAGAGUUCAAACGUAAACUACAGGAAAUCCGUUUUGGCACCGCAGUCUCACAGUUAGAGGGGGAAGUGGAUGCAGUAAUGUCUCCACCUGAACCCAAAACCAGAGCUGAGUUCCUCGGACUAUCUCAAGAACUAACGCUGGAUUUUAACACAGCAAACACAAGUCUCUUAUUUGAAGGGGACAAAAAAGUCAAAUGUAUGAGUAAAAAAUUUUUAUAUAGUCAUCACUCAGACAGAUUCAUCAACAGACAUCAAGUCCUGAGCAGAGAGAGUCUGACUGGAUGUUGUUACUGGGAGGUGGUGUGGAGUGGAGGAGCACUUUCAGUGGCAGUUUCAUACAAGAAUAUCAGCAGAACAGGAGAUGAAAGUCUGUUUGGGAACAAUGACAGUUCUUGGGCACUGGAGUGUUUCAAAAAUGGUUAUGAACUGAGACAUAACAAAAUCAGAACUGUCAUUUCAGGCCCUCAGUCACCCAGAAUAGGAGUAUACGUGGAUCACAGAGCGGGUAUGCUGUCGUUUUACAGUGUCUCAAAGACCAUGUGUCUCCUGCACAGAGUCCAGACCACAUUCACUCAGCCGCUCUACGCUGGAUUUUGGCUUUAUUUUUGA